CCUUAGCCACUUAAUAAGCCCAGGGGAGGGAAGGGAGGACACUGCUGUUUAUCAGAGAGGGACAGGCACUUUGUAACCUCUUUGCUCCCUGUGGUUUAGGCAGAGUAUCUCACUCCAUGACAUUCCUAUCUACCCACAAAGACAUUAAUGAUUAACGGUAAGAGCUCUGCUUACUUAGAAAACUAAAAUACCCUAAAGUCAAGUAAAUCACAGUGCCUUGCGAAAGCUCCUUGCUGAUUCACCCUCCUGCUCCAGCCUAGCCCUGGAAGCUUCCUUCUGCCAGGCAAAACCUUUGUGAGAGGAGAGCGAAGAUGAAAGCCUGUGCUACUUUCACUCUUGUCUUGGCCCUGGCUCUGAGUGGUGACUGUUUGAGGAUGCACUACAAAUCUGGGGCAGGAAGAGGCUCAAAACAUGAGUUCGCUCACCCACAAGUGUUUACAGAGGAUGGAAAUUUAUGCAAAUUUCCUUUCCGGUAUGGCGGAAGGCUUUACCAUUCUUGUUUAUCAAAUGUAUUUUCCCGAAAGAAAUGGUGUUCAACAACACAUAACUACGACCGCGACAGGAAGUGGGGGUACUGUAAGUUGUUGUCCAAAGAGCAGCCAGAUUACUGCGCAAACAGCCCUUGCCAAAAUGGAGGGACCUGUUUUCUCGCUCACGGCCAUAGGAUGUACCACUGUGCCUGUUCCGAGGAAUUCACGGGAAGGGACUGCCAGAUGAGGAAAUGUUUUGACAACAGUCUCUAUGAGUACUUUGAUGUGGGCACGACCUGGUCAAGAGUCCAACAAGGAGCUGUGGAGCAGUGCAUGUGUGUGGACGGCCAGAUCGAGUGCCAGAGUAUCAAACAUGAACGUUGUGUUCAUGAUCCUUGCAUGAAUGGUGGAGAAUGUAAAAUGAUUACCUUCAGUAGGGAAAUCGUAUGUGAUUGCAAAAGAAAUUUUGUAGGAAAGUAUUGCAAUAUUGCUCCUUUCCAAGUGUGCUAUCGUGGCAAUGGCACAGGGUACAGAGGCAUCAACAACAUGACUGUUUCUGGACACAGCUGCUUGCCCUGGAAUUCAGACUUACUCUACCAAGAGCUUCAUAUCAACAGUGUUGAAGAAGCAGUACAGCUAGGCUUGGGGCCCUUCUCUUACUGCAGAAAUCCAGAUGAAGAUGAGAAGCCAUGGUGUUACAUCAUGAAGGACAACAGUUUGUCUUGGGAUUAUUGUAGAAUUCCAUCUUGUGAAAGCAGGGAAAGGCGGCCACCAGUUCCAGACCAGACUGAUACUUUUGCAGUUGCCAGAAGACCAUGUGGAAGAAGACACAAAAAAAGAAGUUUUGUAAGACCUAGGAUUAUUGGGGGAUCUUCAUCUUUGCCUGGAUCUCAUCCCUGGACAGCAGCAAUAUAUAUUGGAGAGAGCUUCUGUGGUGGAACCCUUAUUCAGACAUGCUGGGUUGUGUCAGCAGCACACUGCUUUGCUAACAGUCCUCUAAAAUCCACUAUUACAGUAGUUCUGGGUCAGCAUAUAUUUAAUAGAACAACUGAUGUAACACAAACAUUUGAAAUAGAGAAAUACGUCUUGCAUCCUCAGUAUUCUGUGUUCAGCCCUACUGAACAUGAUAUUGCUUUGAUUAAGCUAAAGAAGAAUGGCCAGCGUUGUGCUGUCAAGUCUCAGUUUGUUCAGCCCAUCUGCCUGCCAGAAAGUGACACCGUUUUCCCCGAACAGUUCAAAUGUCAGAUUUCUGGAUGGGGACACAGGCACGAGAAUAUUUCUGGUUACUCGGAUGUCCUGCAAGAAACACUGAUUCCAAUUAUUUCUGAGGAGAAGUGCAAAAGCCCUGAAAUAUAUGGAACAGAAAUAAGUGAAAAUAUGUUCUGUGCUGGCUACUUUGACAGCAAAUCUGAUGCUUGCCAGGGAGAUUCUGGUGGACCUUUGGCCUGUGAGAAAAAUGAAAUCUCUUACCUUUAUGGAGUUAUCAGCUGGGGAGAUGGCUGUGGCAGAGUCAACAAACCUGGAGUGUAUACACGAGUGACAAACUAUGUAAACUGGAUUAAUGAGAAAAUAUCCCCCCGAAAAACUAGUUGAACAUUUUAAAUGUGAUAACAUUUCAGGCAUGGUCCUGGAGUCUUUUGGUUUCAUUAAAGUGGCAUAAAUAUUUUAUUAUAAGCUAGUAUGAAAACUGUCCUGGUAAUUCUUAGAAAUUUCAAACAGACCACCUAAAACAGACCUAAUCCCUCUGAUACCAGCAACUUUGAGCUGCAAUUUUAGGGUCGUGGAUAGCUCAACAUAUAAGACUGUCUUUAUUCGGCUUAAUAAAACAAACAUGUCAAGACAGUGUACCAAAAUCUACAACUGUUUAUCUGCUUGGUGGAUUACAUGGAAAGAGUUAUUUGAAAGUUUCUGGUGGAGCUGUCAUCCUCCCAACCAAUCUGUAACAAUGUUGUCUCUGUAUUCUCAGAUGAUUUAACAAAAUAAAAAGGAGGAGCACCAAAAAAGAAAUUCCCUUUCCUUCAGAAGUGAUUUCUUGAAGUGCAGGUUGAGAGGUACCAGCAGAGCAAUAUAGGUGAAGCUGCUCCUCGGCUAACUACGGCAAACCAGCUCUGGGCAGAAAACAGAGGAUUUAGAUUUUGAUUCAACAAAAUAUGUAAGCACAUUUCUAUGUUCUGCUGACAUAGACAUUAGGAACAUGCUUCAGAGCUCUGUUGAGUCUGGUGUGCAAUUUUCCAGCAAAGUUUAAUGCAACACCUGCUGAAAGCACAAGUUUUUUGCUGAAAAAUGUGGAAAGUCAGUGCACCUGAUUGCUUACCAACGCAUUAGGGCCUUUUGCAGACUGUCAGCUGCUCCUCACCCUGAGGAUAGCAGUGGAAAUACUUCCCCCUGGGUGAUAAAUGACUAAACAUUUCUUAAAUUUGACAAUGUUUUGGAGAUGCCUUAGUUUUUGUACUAACAAGUUAUUUAACUGUUCAGAUAAUUCAGGAGGGUUUUGUUAGCAGAUUUUUAAACUGGAUGGCUGGGAGAGCUGUUUGGUAUUUUCCCUGGGAGGUUGGUGAUAAUCAUAAAGCCCAUGUGCUGCUGACAUGGUCUACGGAACUAUUAUAAGAACAAUUAAAUUAUUACAAUAUACAAGUGUUUAGGGACUGUAUAGCCAGCUGUGUUAGCAAAAAGGCAGAAAAUGAUUGAGCAUAAAAAAGUUUAAUCUCAUAAAGAAGAAUAGAAAAUUACAACUUAAUACAGAGAUCUUUAGCCAUGUCAGAUAUAUACAUUUGGAAGUAAUGAUGUAAAUGCUUUUCUUCUUUGAUAGCAAACAUUUUCAAAUUCUCUUAAGUGUUUCAAACAAAGCUAUUCUUUAAGAUAUAGAAAUGUAAAGUGGUGUUUGGAUACUCAGAUGUGUGUUUUAUUUUAUAAUACUGGUGGUGUCUUCAUGGGUUUAUUAGUGAAUGAUUUCUGCAGUUAAAACAAACUUUGAAAGGAAAAAUAACCAAAAUCUGAUUUCAGGUAAGUACAGAGAUAUAACAAUGCUAAUCUGGAUAAAUGAUAUAAACUAUUAAAUAAAUGUUUACCCUCUGUUUCUUAGACUUAGUCUGCUGUGUAUAUGGUUACAAUUAAAUCUUUGAAUCACUGUGUAGGUUGUUCAACAGGUUGAGAGCUGGUAGAAAAAUGAAAUAACACUUCUCUGUGCCAGAAGGCAUCUGAAAAGCUCUGCAUAAGAAUCAUUUCCAGCUGGUGGUGCUCCCAGUUUAUGUAAGUGUCGCACAAAAUUUCCAGUAGACAGAUGUAAGAGUGAAGAAACUUGAGUCACAAAGCUUAGGUAAGAUUUUCGGCUAUAAAUACUGCGAAUGCUAAGAUCAAAGUCUUUAGUUCUUGAUUCCAAAACAAUCUGAAGGCUAUUGUUGUCUGGGUUUGCCUUCCUGGCCGUUUGCAGUAUGAGUCUGGCUUGCUUAACACUGUGAAAUGAAUGUGACUGUUUAACAAGACUAACUGUACCUGCUGAUGAAAGACAAGUACUAAAUGAGCACGAAGGAACUAUUUACUCUUCUUUGGAAGUGAUUCAUUUGGAAGAGGUUUCAACACAAAGCUUAUGCCAUUCUGAACAUACAUAUCUGUUCUGUGACUUCACUUUCAUGUUGAAAUUAAUAUCCAUCCACACUGAGAAUGCUUUUAAACUGCUGGAUUUGUGUUAUACAUAUUCUCUCAGUCUUCUCUUGCUGUAAAGAUGGUGGCUAUUUGUCAGGAAAGGUGUUAGACUGGUGUUUCUGGCAAUUUGUAUAGAGCUUUUUAAUUCUUCUGUUUUCAAAAUGCACAGUUAUUACCACUACGUAGCAACAGUAAUAUAAAAAAUAUAUAUAUUAAAAAAAUACGUUGAAUGUUGAUAAGUGGAACUCUAUUUUCUGCCCUCAAAGGUCUAAAUGACAAAUCUUCAAUUGUCGUACUUCGAAUUCACUAAAAUCGAAUUUUUGGUUUUCAAAAUAGCCUGCUUUUUUGUUGUCACUGCAUAAUCUGGUGGAAAAAAAUUUCCUGAUUUGGGGUUCUGCUGUAUGGUGACUAGCCCUGCAUUAAAUCCACAAUCCCUGACUAGAGGUGGUGAGCACCAGCCUGAGUGGCAAGCAAAUGCUUAGGUUUACCAAGAGCUCCAUGCCUGACCUGUCACACCCCUCAGGACAUCGGUCAGAUUCCUAUGGGGUCUCCAACACCUUCUGCCUCCUGCCUUUCUGUUGAGCAUUUCCCCAUGGAAACUUUCCCCUACUUUCUCCCCCUGUAUGUAAGUGCUUGUCACAUAGGUUAAAAUGAAAUAUGGCUAAAAUUUACUAGAGGAAGUUUUUCUGAUAUUUUUUCCCCCUAACAUUUAGCUUGAAAUUGAAUUGGAAUGCAAAACCAGUUGAACGAACACAUCCCUAAUUCAUUAUGAAACAUGCUUAAAGAUGGUUUUAUUAAAUUAUAUGUUAUUCCAUGCAAACUGACCGAUUCAAAGAGAAGAAAUAAAUGCAAA